AUGGAUUUUAAAAAACAGUCAGGAUUUGAUUGGUUACCCGAAGGCAUUGUUCAUCGCAUACUGUCUUUUCUCAAUGACGACGACAAAGAUAAAAAAGCUCGUUACAUAUCACAACUAUGGUCUAAGGCUUAUCGUACGUCGAAAUUGAUGUUUAACGAGCGUAACCAAUUGAACGAAUUUAUUGAGCAGAAACACAAAACACGACCUGAUUUCACGGAUGAAAGUAACGAUUCCAUGAUUAUGUCCAUUAGUGAUGAAGAAUUACGUGAAGUUCGAGCCAUGUUCCGACAAGAAGUCAACCGGACUUUGUCCAGAUAUACAUUUGGAGGGAUUUCGUUACCUUAUAAAUUGGAAAUAACAAUGGAUUUCAUCACCCAAGACGAUGUCGAUGAUUCAGCUAAUCUGGAUAAAUGGCUGAAAAUAGCUAUGGAGAAUGGAGUCAGGGAGCUCGAGAUUAAUCUCUUAAGCCUUAAUCCUUCAGGAUACGUCAUACCGGAUUGCAUUCUCAAAUCAGAAUCUUUAACAUUAUUGUAUCUAGAAAAUUGCAAGUUUCCAAACAAGCUGAAUGACAAUGGUCAGAUUUCGUGUAAGAACAUCCUAGGUUUGAAGUUAUGGCAAGUCUUGAUCGUCGACGAAAUCUUUGCUCCCUUAAUGUCAUCUUGUAGUACCUCGAUUGAGCUUCUAAUGAUUGAAGAUUGUAGAGAUUUGAGACAAGUUAAGCUCAUCAAUGUUCCCUGCCUCAAAGAGCUUUGCAUUUACGACUAUCGCGUUGGUCCAGUGGAAAACGGUUUAAGGGUGGAAAUUUAUGCACCAAAUCUUCAGUAUGUUGAUUUAGGAGGUAUUCAUCAACCGUGUUUGAUUCAACCGGAAGCACAUCAAAAUCUGCGGAAGCUAAAAUUGUUUGAUAAUAAUGUGACCGAAACAUUUUUCGACGAUUUUGUGAAUAAACUUCCGAAUCUAAACUCACUAAGUGUCCUGCAUUGCAAAGGCUUUGAAAGAAUGAAUUUAACCAGUGAAUCGCUCAAGGAUCUAUCGUUGAUGUCCCUCGAUUCCAAGGCGCCGGAACUUGACAUCAACGCGCCAAACCUAACUAGUUUCGAUUUUGAUCAAGCUGCCAUUUUACCAAAACUAUCAUUUAGGGCUAAUGUUUCACCUCAAAUGGAAUCUACUCUGCAUUGCAAUCCUCGUAUCGACGAAUCUUGGUUUCCUAGAUUGAAUGAAACGCUUUCAGAAUUGUUUCCUUCCAGAAUAACACUCCGAAUGGAUUUAGGAGAGUUUGCAAAGAAUGGAUCUUCAGAUGAUUUAUCUAGUUUUUUGGAUGAUUUGUUUCUGGCUUGUUGUCCUGAGACUAUAUCCUUGUGUUCAUCUAAAGAUAAAGGAGGUUUCACCGUCUCCGAGUUAGCGGGGAGCAUGUUGGAAAAGCUGUCGGAGAUGAAAAAUUAUGGAAUGAUUAAGGAACAGCCACUUGAUUCGGUGAGUUUGUCGGAUGUAUGUGAAGUUCUUGAAGAGGGGAAGAAGGUUUCUUUCAAGUUGGAAUAUUGGGAUUCACCUAAUUGUUGUUCCUCCACGUUUGAUGAUGAACCAACUAAUGAAUUUUUGUUGAUCAGGAUUGUGGCAUUAGAUCUUGAGGAUGACAAAGAAAAAGCUCGUAAUUUAUCCCAAGAUUGGUCAAAAGCUUAUGAUACGUAUCCUGAAUUGUACUUUAAUGGGAGUAAUCAAGAGAAUUUCGGUGAUACUUUGAUGAGAUGCGUUUAUGGAGGGCUUUCCUUGCCUUAUCAGUUCAAAAUAACCCUAGAUUUCACUAACCAUGAUGUUGAUCCUGCUAGCUUGGACAAAUGGCUGAAGCUAGCUGUAGAGAAUGGAGUCAGAGAGCUCAAGAUUUUUGUUAUAUAUGCUAAUCAUUCAAGCUACCUUAUACCGGACUGCAUUCUUGAAGCUAAAUCAUCUUUGACAAUGUUGUCCCUCGCAUAUUGCAAGUUUCCGGACAAGCCCAUCGAAGUGCAAAAUCUGUGUAAAAAAGUUCAUACCUUAUUCUUGCAGGACAUCUCAAUUCCCGACAAUGUCUUUUCUUCCAUGAUCGCGGGUUGCCGGGUGGUUGAGGUUAUGAGAAUGGAAAACUGUCCAAAGGUAAAGUUAAUCAAUGUUCCCUACCUCAAAAAGCUUCGCGUUGCCAACUGUUAUGAGGCGGAAAUUGAUGCACCAAACCUUCAGAUUGUUGAGUUGCGAGAACUAUAUGGAUUUCGUUUCAUUGAAACGCGACCGUAUCAAAAACUGCAGGUUUUAAAAUUGGAGGUAGUAUGGGUUUCAAGAGAAUUCUUUGCAAAUUUCGCGAAUAAGUUUCCACAUCUAAGGUCCUUGGAAGUCAGGGAUUGCGGUGGCUGUGAAAAAAUAGAUUUAACGAGUUAUUCGCUAAGGAAUCUAGGAUUUCGGUGUAAUGAGUGGACAGAAGCUGUACCUGAACUAAAGAUUCAUGCUCCCAACCUCACAAGUUUUGAUGUUGAUAAUAUUGGUGUACGUAUCAAAUUUCCUAAAGUGUCUCUUGAAGUUGUUUCGACCCAAAUGAAAUCUAAUGUAUCUAUGUCUUACUAUUCUUAUAAAGAUAGGGCUUGGCUUCUAGGGUUGAAUGAGAUGCUAUCAAGUAUGUUUUCAUCCAAAAUCUCACUCGAAUUUAUUUCGAGUUUUUAUGGCUGUUCCUUGGAGGACAAAUCAACGGAACCUUUUCCUGCCUUUGAUGGUUCAUUCUUGGCUUAUUUCCCCGAAACAAUCUCCAUGAAGAGGAAUUCAAAGGAAUGGGAUGCAUACAUGAUUGGCCACCUGCAAAGCAAGCUAAUUGAGUUGUAUAGUCAAAAUCUGAUAAAGCAGAUAGAGAUGUCUCUUUAUCAUGCAAAAGGGAAACAAUGCCAGAAACAGCCGCUAGAUUGGAUGAGUACAUCAAAAGUUAUACUUGAGUAUUGUGAGUCGUGCCUAGAGAUUCGAUUCGACAUAGGAUGGAAUUUGCCUUCUUGUUGUAGCAACAGCACUGGUGAUAUGAACCAACAAACAAAACGUAUGAGAUUCGAGAAAUAG